AGCACAUAAUUAAUUUAAUGGUUAAUGGCAACAGAAAUGAAGAGGUGGGAUUAACUUUCUGUGAGAAGCAUCAUUGCAAAGCUGUAACAGCUUUGGGAUCAUUGUUUGUUUCCAAGAUGCCGCUGCCGGUACAAGUUUCUCUUGGGCUCUUUCAGAGUUCCGUAGAACCAAUGCAAGUUGAUGCACCUCCGGAUGAAAAUGAUACUUCAGAGGAAGAAGUGUACAUUGUGGAAAAUCCUACUUUGUAACCUCGCUGUCACUUUCUUCAUUAUUGGUCGCGGUAUUCUCUGGAUCUAGAACGAUAUUAUAGUUCGACCGCCUCAUCUGCAACCAUGAGCGCAAACACUCAUGCACCAUUCGGACCGAAUUAUUCUCAAAAUAGGGUGGAAGGAUGGGGAUUUUCUUUCCUUCCAGCAUAGCUCUUUCCGAAGAAGAGAAGACCUUUCUCAUCGCAGCAAGUAAUACUGCCCGUCUUGGACGAGUCUGUGUGUUUUGGCAGAAUGCCAACCAGGGUUGCACUUCAGACAGUCAAAGUAUACAUAUCUUGCCAUCCAUUAAUUGACUGAUGAUUGAGGAGCAUUGUCAAUCACAAUGAAAAAUUUCUUUUAUAUCAUCUUCAUUUAUUACUAUUUCUCCACAUUUCUUUACAAAAUCUGUUAAUUGGAAAACUUCGCCUUUUGUUUGCAGUUCCGAAAUUCUUUAAAAUUUGGGACUAUCACCAUAAAAUUUAGCUAUCUUGUUCACAAUUUGGUUAUGUAUCAUGAGAUUGGCGACUAAAGACAAGUUGUUCCACUAAAUUUUAUUAUGCUUAAGUCUGAGUCUUGAAUAUAUUCCCACAAAUAGUUAAAGGUUAUUGUGGGCUGGCACUGGAUAUCUUACUGCCUGAUGCAAUCUCUGUGGAUCCUAAAUUCUGUCGCCUGAUGGAGCCAUACAAGCUCUGCGCUGGUUCUGGGUUUAUGUGAAUAACAAAUCAGUUAUUCUUAAUUUAAAUAGCACUAAAUGUAAUCUUUUGGCCUAUGAGUGUUA